AUGAAGAUGAUUCUAGUCGGGUGCGGAGGAACCGGAGUGGAGUUACUGAAGGUUUUGAAGGACAUGGCUAGCGAGGUACUUGUGAUAGAUCAUGACAGAAUCAACCUAACAAAUCUUCACAGGCUUUUUAUGUUUACUCGUCAAGACAAGGGAGAGUAUAAGUCACAGAAGGCAGCAGAAUUUGUGUCCAAUUUGUAUGGAAUUAAAGCAAGCUUUUUAACACAAAGAAUAGAAGAGGUGUCUGUCGAUGUUUUCGAUCGAUACGAUGUGAUUUUUGGGGCUCUUGACAACAUUGAAGGAAGAAUGAACCUGAACCUGAUGUUCCGAAGAUCCAGAUGCAAGCUUCUUAUAGAUUGUGGAAUAAGUGGUUACAAGGCACAUGCAAAGGCUGUUUAUAAGGAGUCCUCGUGUUUGUAUUGCAUUCGAGAAUUGUAUAGAGAGGACGGGGUUGGGAUGUGUUCUCUGGGCUCUCUGCCAAAAGAAAUAACACUAGAAAACAGGGAAAAAGUACUUCGGUCUUUGGUGGAACUUAAGAGAGAUGGCCUUGGAAGUAAGAGAGAGAAAAUUGAACAGAUAGUCAACGAAUUCAAUGCUUUGGCUAAAGAGAAACUAAGGACAGAUGUGUUUGAGGUUACUGGGAUGUAUGAUGGAAUAAUACCAAAUGUAUGUUUUAUUAAUUCUGUAUGUGCAAGCCUAGCCUGCAGAUUGCUAGAUGGACCAAACCUAUCCUACGACUUCAUAUUCUAUAGUGGAGAGGAGAAUAUGGUUUUUGAGAAGCUACAUCUUGCAAAGGAUGAGAAAUGCAUUGUAUGCCGCAUGGAUGCUUAG